GCUGGUUGCCAAGCUGGAGCCAUACCUGGUGACGAUGUACCAUACGUGCCGCAUCAACGGCAUGGAGUUUGUCUUGCCACACCGCACGGGAGAUCUCACGAUUGCUACAAAUCUGUCGCCGAGCCAGCGUUAUACCAUUUGGUGCGGCCGCAACACUGAAGCUGUCUACGGGAAGACCGUGCUGCAGGCCUUGCUGGUGGAUGCUGGAACGCAAAUGUUCGAGCCGCAAAGACAAGAUGACGAGCUUCGCGUCGAGUUCGUAGGUGACUCGAUUACAGCUGGCUGGCUGGUUUUAAAUGAUCCGGGAUCCUACGUGAAUCAAAAUCAGACGGGAGAGGACAUCUUCCAGACAUGGGAUCGACACCUCGCUGACGCCUGGGGCACUUCGAACUGGCGCGCAGUGGCCCGCACGGGCAUUGCGAUUUUUCCUUAUACCGCUUAUGGCCUGCAGUUCCAUCGCAUCAAGGAUCGAUUCCUUUGCUCAGAAUUCAGCUAUUCGCAGUGUUGCCCAAAUCCCUGGGACUUCAACAAGUGGCAGGCAGAUGUGGUGGUGAUCAACGUAGGCACCAACGACUACAUCCCUGUGAAUCCGAACAAGCCAUCAGCAGCAACUUUCGCAGUCGGCUAUGGCGAGCUCCUUCUGGUGGUCCGGAGCAAGUAUCCGCACGCUUUGAUCCUAUGCAUCAUGCCGUUGGCCUACACCUGCGACAGCCAGUCGCGGUAUGAUGCCAUGUGCCGGGGCCUGACAGAAGCAGUGCGAGAUGCGGAAGAUGAGAAGAUCCGACUGCACCUUACAGGCACCCGCCAGGCUCCCUGGCUCAACUGCAAUGCGGACUAUGUGGAUGGCACUCACCCAACCAUUGCUGGAGGGAAGAAGUUCGCUGACAGGCUCCUUCCAGGUCUUACGCCGCAGAUUCGUCAGUUCUUCCCGGAGAAGUGCCGAGGAAUUGGCUCUCGCUGCCAAUCACCAGCUCCAGUUUCUACGUCGUUGCAGAACACACUCAGCACCACUGACAAGACGACGAGUGCUGCCAGCACUGUGGCCACGACAGGCCUGCCUUCGACUACUGCUGCAAGCGGGUCGAGGUGCUGCUAUCCGAACUGUCGGGGCCCCCAGAGCUUUUGCAACACGGAGACUGAGAGCCCAUUCUGCACAAGCUCUGCGGAAAACUGCCAGCAGUGCGGCGGCGAGUUGUGCGGUGGUGGUAGUCAGACCACGGCCGCGCCCCCUUCCUCGACGACCGGAAGAACCAUCCCAGCCUCGACAACAACGACUUCUGAAGGUACAGAAUCCACUAGCGGGGUGCCAGGUGGAGCGGUCUGCUGUUAUCCGGAUUGCGGAGCCCCACAAAAUCAGUGCAACACCGAGCGCGACAGCCCAUUUUGCACAAGCUCCGCCGCCAACUGCCGCGGGUGUGGUGGAGAGCUGUGUUCGGGUGGUGGUGGCGGUGCUCAGACAUCAGCCGAACCCACCACGACGACAACUUGGAG